UGAUGUAAACAGCCAACAUUUAGACGAACUUCGAAAUCUUACCUGUUAAAACAUCAUGAUAUCCAGCGUGCUUGUGGUGAUCUAGCAAGAUGUUAGAAAUAAAAUAAGUUGCAUUUUACAUAAGCCUAAUGGAUAGUUACAUUUUUGACAGGGUUGUUGGAAAAGGCAGCUACGGAGAAGUACAUCUUGUGAAGCACAAAACAGACAGAAAACAGUAUGUGAUAAAGAAGUUGAACUUGAAAACCUCUUCACGGCGUGAGAGGAGGUCGGCUGAACAGGAGGCCCAGCUUCUCUCCCAGCUUCGCCAUCCCAACAUCGUGACCUACAGGGAAUCAUGGGAAGGAGAUGAUUGUCAACUCUAUAUAGUAAUGGGCUACUGUGAAGGAGGAGACUUAUACCACCGGCUCAAGCAACAGAAAGGCGAGCUCCUACCUGAGAGACAGGUGGUAGAGUGGUUUGUCCAAAUCGCCAUGGCUCUCCAGUAUCUGCAUGAAAAGCGUAUAUUGCACAGAGACCUCAAGACCCAGAACAUCUUCCUGACCAAGACAAACAUAAUCAAAGUGGGAGACCUGGGUAUCGCCAAGGUUUUAGAGAACCAGAACGAUAUGGCGAGCACUCUCAUAGGAACCCCAUACUACAUGAGUCCUGAGCUGUUCUCCAACAAACCUUAUAACCACAAGUCGGAUGUGUGGGCUCUUGGUUGCUGUGUCUAUGAAAUGUCCACCCUUAAACACGCCUUCAAUGCUAAAGACAUGAACUCGCUUGCAUAUCGCAUCGUGGAAGGAAAGCUUCCUCAGAUGCCCAGUAAGUACGACCCUCAGCUGGGGGAGCUCAUCAGGAGGAUGCUGUGCAAGAGGCCGGAGGACCGACCCGACGUCAAGCAGAUCCUUCGGCAGCCCUUCAUCAAGCAGCAGAUCGCCAUGUUCCUGGAGGCCACCAAAGAAAAAGCUGCCAAAUCCAGAAAUAAAGCUGCUAAGAACAAGGCCAACAGCGGUGGAUCUGUGAGUGCAGGCCCGGUCAAAAAUCCAGCGUUACCUCAGACCAAGUCUAACACAAGAGCAAGAAAGAGAGAAGAGAACAACCCAUCACAUCACAGCCCACAUGUAUCAAAUGGUGAACAAGAGAAAGCCUUAUCAAAGAUGCCUCCACCACCGAAAUCUCCAACACCAGAUAUCCUGAACACAACUGGGCACUCCAUAGCAACCAUCAGUAAUAUUGACAUUGCUAUGCAACCACUGGAACUUGAGGAACCAAAGCCUCGUAAAGUGAGGACGUCUAAGUCAGUGCCUGAUCAAAAGCCUAAUGAUGGCCUCAAUCAGAAGCCCACAGUUAGUAAGAGGACCCCGAAACCUGAUACCUCUGCCCCUCAGCCUCACCCACGUAAGCUGGGACAGGAUCUGUGUGAGCCGGAGGAGAGGGGGAUAUCAAAUGGACCAGCAUCACAAUGCCCUGUUGCCUCCAACGUCAUCCCAGCAUCUAUGAACAAACACAAACCCUUAGCGGAAAUACAGCAGCUUUCAGCCGAUAUGGACAAUAAAGAGGACACUUUAAAAUUACUCCAGGAAGCCGCACGGAGCGUUACCACAACAACAACAGCACCUCCAAGAAUGUCAGAUGCGGCGUAUCUUGAGCAUCAUGAACUUGUAGCGGAUGUCUUAGGGAAACACAAGAGUCCCUCUCCCCCGGCCAUCAAGGACAUAAAAGAUGACACAAUAACACUUCUCAAACAGGCUGAUGACCCCAAGCAUUUUGAAGAGGUUCAGGAGAGCUUGGAAUCAACAGAGAAGCUCCUGGAGCCUUUUGUUCCAGUGCCAGUAAUGGAGCCUGUAGACUCGGCGGCUCUUCUUCCCCCUGUCCCUGAGUGGGAACGUCCUGUCCUUCGUCAGCCUGCGGCGUCCUCGGAGCCGUCCAAGCCCAGGCAGCGGCGCCAGAGGAACCGAGAGUCCGGCCUGGAGGGCCAGCGCAAGGAUAAAAAAGCUCCCAGACCCCUGCCACCUGCUCCUGUGGAGGCGUUAUGUGCUCCUGUAAUGGUGAAAACCAGAGUGCCACCUGAAGUAACACCUUCAGAGUCCUGCCCCAAGGACAGAUUGACUGCUGUUCCACUGGAUCGCCCACUGUCAGCACGAGAAAGGAGAAGACUGAGGCAAUCACAGGAACAUCUGAAUCCACCAGUUGUGCCAGCGAUGAGAAGGGCGUCGUAUGAUGUGGCUUCGCUGAGCUGUAAACAAUCAGACCAACCAGACUACCACAGGGCGGCCAGUGUAUCUAUGGAAACAAGCAAGGACAGACACUCGUGGCAGCGCUCAGACGAGGAGGAGUGCAACUCUUCCACCAGUUCCACGGACCGGUCCGAGGGAGACGGCAGGGAGGGGAAAACAGAGUCCUGUGAAAUGCAGGACUUGGUGCAGAUGAUGACACAAACAUUACGAAUGGAUUCUAGAGAUGCUGCCAGUGAAUCAAAUGGACCUAGACUAGGUUCUAGACCCCAGCCUGAGUUUAAGAUCAACUGUAGAUAUAAAGACACCCUGGUCCUCCAUGGGAAAGCCAUGGAUGUGCAGGAAGACUUCCAGGUCAACGAUUUCUGUGCAGGUGAUACAUCUGGACCUGCCAAGAUCAGGAGAGCUGUGGAACAGUUGCGGACAGACGUGGUGAAAGGUCUGGGGGUGAAGCUGCUGGACAGAGCCCUGGAUAUCAUGCAGGAGGAGGACGAGGAGAAACGGGAGCAACGUCUAAUGGAGGAGAUGGGAGAAGAAAAAUACAAGUCCUACUCUGUGAUGGUUCACCAACUGAAGUUCUUUGAGGAUGUUGCAUUUAAAGGCUAAGGUCAAAUAAGAGACAACCGGUCCUCAAUUGAUACACAUUUCUAGUCUGUUACAAUCACUGUUAUGUAUGUUAGGAACAGAUGUCAUAGUAGUACUGUUGUUUCUCUUCGAUAUUGAAAAUGUUCUUGGCCGAAUGCAAUUUUUCAUUCAUAUUGGAUAUGCAAUUGCAGCUCUCUGACAUACUAUUGUUUUUUAUACAUAUAAUGAACAUUUUAAUUAGAUAAUGAUGUAAAGAUAUGUUGUGUAAAAAAACAAAACAAUGUUUAUUUGUAGUUUUCCCAAAAACCUUGGAAAUCCUGAGAAGAUCUAUCUAAUAUGUAAAUAGAACCUGUAGCCUUAGUCUUAUGGUAGAUGUUACACAAUAUAAAUUGAAUUUAUAAAUAAAUCUCUUUAAAGAUA